AUGCGCCGUCCUCGAAGGCAGGAGGCGUGUGACGACUCGAUCGACCCUUCGACGAAGGAGUGGGGCUCUCUCGCGACGGACGUACGGGACAGCCGAGGGUGUCUCGCCGGCUGCCGCGAGCGUUUCGCCGCCGACGUCCAAGGGCGAUCGGUGUCUCGACGGGCCCCGAGCGCCGAGACGGCAGAGGCCCUGUGCGCGGCGCUCGUCGCCCAGGCCGAGAAAAGAACCGAGGGGAGCACGGGGUACGAUGUCUUUAAUCGGCUGUACUGUUGCGAUUCCGUGGUUUGCGGGCAUUAUCAGUACGUGCGAAGGAUUAGGGUACCGUACCCUCCGAGAUCCCGGCCUGCCCAAAAACGACUUUACCUGCCCGGACUCCUCCGUCUACCUCCCGGGAGAAAAAAGGCGUGUCCCAAAAACAGCGUCGGCAUCGCCGGUUUCGACAGCCCCCAUCUCCGACAUGGCAGCGCCCCGCCAUCGAGCGAGCCAGCCCCGACGACAGACAGGCCGAGCAUACUACUUGCUCCCACCACUACCGGCGCCUCCCUCCCGUCUUCCACCAUUACAAACGUGGCAUUCGACUUCCCGAGCGGCGACGACCUCAUGGCUCCCGUGCCGCAGCAAAGCGGGCUCACCUCGGGAGUCAAGGCCACCAUUGCCGUCACCUCCAUCGUCGGAUCCCUCGCCCUCCUCAGCCUGAUUCUUCCCAUCGCCGCCGCCGCUGCCGCCGCCGGCACCGCUACUCCCGCAGCAUUCGUUUCAGUAUGGCCACAGCCUCCGAUCCUCGUCUCGGUCAAGAUCCAAGCGCGGGGCCGGGGAGGGCACGACCACGAACCCUUCCUCGUUCGACAGCUCGCCCACGCGCGUCGUAUCGUCGUCGACCCCGCCCGCCUCGACAGCGACGACGCCGCGACGGUCGACGAUAGCGGCGGCCGACAUCAACGACAUGGAUAA